CGCCGUCUCUCUCUCUCCCUCGGGGCGCGCGCGCGGGAGACAGGCCAACCGAUCGUCCGGCGGCCAGCCAUGGGCAAGCACGGGCACGGCAAGUGCCACGACGUGGAGGCGUGCUACCCGCCGGGGGCAGCGGGCGGCGGCAAGUACCCGUACAUGACGGAGAAUCCGCAGCUGCGGUGGGCCUUCAUCCGCAAGGUGUACGUGAUCGUGUGCCUGCAGCUGCUGCUGACGGUGGCCGUCGCCGCGACGGUGAACCUGGUGCGCGCCAUCGGGGACUUCUUCCUCUCCCGCACCAUGGGCGCCAUGUUCGCCAUCAUCGGCGUCAUCGUCGCCCCCAUCCUCGUGAUGAUCCCGAUGAUCAUUUACCGGAAGCGGCACCCGGUGAACCUCGCGCUCCUGGCGCUCUUCACCGUCUGCAUCAGCUUCGCCGUGGGGCUGAGCUGCCUGACGGCGAACGGGCCAGUGAUACUGGAGGCGGUGGUGAUCACGAUGGUGGUGGUGCUGGGGCUCACCUUCUACACCUUCUGGGCGGCGAAGAGGGGCUACGAGUUCGAGUUCCUGGGGCCGUUCCUGGUGUCCGCCUGCCUCAUCCUCAUGCUCUUCUCCCUCCUGCGGAUCAUCUUCCCGCUGGGCAGGACGGGGACCAUGGUGUACGGCUGCAUCGCCGCGCUCGUCUUCUCCGGCUUCAUCAUCUACGACACCGACAACCUCAUCAGGGUCUACUCCUACGACGAGUACGUCGCCGCCGCCAUCGAGCUCUACCUCGACAUCAUCAACCUCUUCCAGGCCAUCCUAGCGGUGCUCGAAGGCGUCGACUGAUAGGGUCAUAUAUAUAACACGGCCGGCUGAGGCUCAUGGGCUGUGAGCAUAUAUACAUAGGAUCAUAUAUAUGCAAUCUAUACAUGAGCUACCACUACCACUACCGAGAGAUGGGUUCCAAGCUUGCUGGGCAAUCUGUAAUCCAUAGACGAUAGAUAGGGUCGAACGGCACCGCCGUGAUUGAACAUUAUUGCUACAACGAAACAUUGCAAAUGCAAUUCAUUAUCUUCUCUUGCAACU